AUGUCGGACGUCACAGUACAAUUGACAGCCCCCAAUGGCCGUCAGUACUCUCAGCCCAUUGGCCUGUUCAUCAACAACGAGUUUGUUCCGUCCAAGUCGGGCGAGAAGUUUGCCACGAUCAACCCUUCAGAUGAGAAAGAGAUUGCUUCCGUAUAUGCUGCAGGCGAGGAAGAUAUUGACAUCGCCGUCAAGGCAGCCCGCAAGGCCCUCAAAGAUCCAUCAUGGAAGCUACUUCCACCAACGGAUCGGGGUGCUUUGAUGCUGAAGCUGGCAGAUCUCAUUGAACAGCACAGAGAGACGCUGGCCACCAUUGAAACCUGGGACAAUGGCAAGCCUUAUUCUGUCUCCUUGAGCGAGGACUUGGGUGAGGUUAUCAACACCCUUCGGUACUAUGCUGGCUGGGCGGACAAGGUCCAUGGUCAAACCAUUAGCACCACACCGGCCAAGCUUGCCUACACCCUUCGCCAGCCCAUUGGUGUAGUGGGCCAGAUCAUCCCAUGGAACUUUCCCCUCGCCAUGGCUGCAUGGAAACUUGGCCCUGCGCUCGCUUGCGGUAAUACUAUUGUCAUGAAGCCAGCUGAGCAGACACCCCUCAGCAUCCUCUACUUCGCCACGCUCAUCAAAGAAGCCGGCUUCCCCCCAGGUCGCCUGGUAACCCACCCUGAUGUCGAUAAGGUUGCCUUCACCGGCUCCACCUUGACCGGUCGAGAGGUCAUGAAAUUAGCCGCUGGUACCUUGAAAAACAUCACCCUUGAAACCGGCGGCAAAUCUCCUUUAGUCGUCUUUGGCGACGCAGAUAUUGAGCAGGCUGCUAAAUGGGCACAUAUCGGCAUCAUGUACAAUCAAGGACAGGUCUGCACAGCAACUUCUCGUAUCCUGGUCCACGAAUCGAUCUAUGAGAAGUUUAUCGAGCUUUUCAAGCAGGAAGUGGCCUCGACCAGCAAAGUUGGGGAUCCCUUCGCCGACGACACCUUCCAGGGGCCUCAGGUCACCAAGGCGCAGUACGACCGAGUCCUUUCGUACAUCGAGACCGGCAAAUCCGAAGGCGCAACUCUCGUCGCUGGCGGCGAGCCUUACAAGAACGUCGGCGACGGCAAGGGCUUCUACAUCGCGCCAACCGUCUUCACGAAUGUGAAGGACAACAUGCGUAUCUACCGCGAGGAGGUCUUCGGCCCCUUCGUCGUGAUUUCCAGCUUUGCCGCUGAGGACGAGGCCGUGACCCGCGCCAACGACACGACAUAUGGCCUGGGAGCAGCCAUCUUCACCAAGGAUAUUGAGCGGGCGCAUCGUGUGGCCUCCGAGAUCGAAGCAGGCAUGGUCUGGAUUAACAGCAGCAACGACAGCGACUUCCGCGUUCCCUUCGGUGGCAUCAAACAAAGCGGCAUCGGCCGUGAGCUCGGCGAGGCCGGAUUGGAGGCAUACUCGCAGGUCAAGGCUAUUCAUGUCAACCUCGGAUCCAAACUGUAA